CUGAGUGUAAUAUCCGGUCAAUGAGUCCAUCCAUGCGUUCAUUGACUGCAUAUUUGGUCGAAAAUUUGGACACAAUUUCUGUGAAUCACUCAUAAUAUCAGUGAUUGUGAGCUAUGGCUGCAAACCAAGACAUGACUACUUUGACUAUCAAUGAGUUUGAAUCAUUGGUACAACCGGUGGACGCACACGAAGAUCAGGGAAAGGUAUUGAUCGACAAACUGCGAGUGCGAACCACGGGACUGGUAGCCCAGGGCUCCGGUAGUCGUACGGAACGGGUGUUUCACUUCCACACGGAUGGCCAACACAACUAUUCAACGGAUAAAGAGUUACCGAAACUAUUAUCACCGCAAAAGUGGUCGCAACUGGAGGGUCGGCACAUGGAGUCGGGUUACGAGGAGUGCCUCCAAAACGAUGGACUCAUCACUGAUUACGACAAGUAUUGGCACCAGAAAUGGCAUCACUUUCUCAAAGCCAUUCAUGACAACCAUUUGAUCGCCAAAUAUAAGCCACAGUUUGUGUCAUUUGGUGGACCCGUUGCCGACAUAAUGGCCACACGUUUUGAUAAUGCAUUCAAUUGGAUGGUGACUGCCGUUAGAGUCAAGGGGAUAAUCUACUUAUUGAAGACUGGGAACCGGCGACCAAUUGUCCUAGAACCCAAUGCCUGGACAUACUGUGCACUCAAUUUCUUGCACUCCAUCACCGAUAGGGACGACAACCGGAAGAAUGAAUACGAGAAACACUUUGCCAUCAAUUGUCUUGACGUGGAUUCGCACCGACUGUUGACUCUCAACGAAGUGAAAGCCGUAGACGACAAGCACCAGGAGGUGGACCUAAAACUGGUGCGCGCCAUACGGUCGGCCAGAAAUCACAACUUCAUGAGUAAAAAGUUGUUGAAAUUUUGGUCGAAGGCAUGGGUGCAGGGAAUGGAUCAGAUUGUGAUGGCUAACAUCGAGGAUGAUAAUCAUAUACUGGACGUGGAGGUCCGUUAUGUGUCCCAAAUGCCGGAGCAAACACAUGGCAAGUGGUCUGACGACAGGUGUAUUGAAUUCCUCAAUAGAUUCCUGUCAUUCGCGAAGACAUGCAUUACUGAAGACAGAGUU